AAGAAGAAAAGCAUCGAGAAAACUGCUAAAAAGUGGUGGGACUUCACCAGGAACAAGUUGAAGAUGAUCCGUUGGUUGAAAAAGAAGGAAGGCGAUGCGGAGAUGCAAAGGUCAACGAGCUGCCGCAUUGACAGCGCUCAAGACCAGCUUACGGCAUAUCAGGCAUGGUUAACCAUUUUCUAUCUAUAAAGGAUGUCUUUCACCUGUUUAUAACUCCAAGAACCUCCUUUACGAAAGGGUCUGUGGUCACUGGUAGUCUAGGGGUGGAGGGGGUGGUCUCCCAUCUUAUUUUUAGGGAGAAUCGUGGCCCUUAGAGCGGGGAAAUUUUUUUCAAGAGAGGGCCUCCCUCAGAUUUCAGGGUCUAGAAUGAGUGGACCCCCACUUAUCGUGAGGUCUGGAUUCGCUUCUGUGUUCGUUAUAUAUCGGUAAAUCGGAAUGGUUAAAAGAAAGCUAUCACGAAUCAUGCAACACUAAGCUCGAAAACAUUCGAGCAUUUCUGGGGAAUUCAGAAGGUACUCUUUAACCCUCGGACUUCUUCGGGAGCCAGCCUUCGGGACUAUUAGCGGUAUAUUCUAAUUUGUUUCGCUAGCUUGAGCGGUUUUUCUGAAAGAGUAUUUUGGGAAAUGUAGGUUGUUAUCAGUUAAUAUUAUGACCUGUUUGUAUGUAGCCUUUCAACAUUGUCUUAAAGUGCUUGUGAGAGUGUCCUUAACAAAUCUUUCCGUGAAGUAUUUGAUGGAUUUUUGUUACCACUUCAGGGAAUCCUUGAUCGAUUGAAUGCACACAAGCGAGAUUUAGAAGCCCUGAGUAAGGCUGCCCAAGACAUGAUGGAAGUGGAUGAGGAUGGCAGUGCAGUAAAGGAAAUGCAAGAGCUGAUUGAACGCUUUGAAGCACUACAGAAAAACAUCUCGGAAAAAAGAGAAUAUUUCCAGCGAGUAACGGACAAGUGGCACAAGUUUGCCGAGCAAAAACACAAGAUGAACUCGUUUUUCAGAAACACUCACGGAAUUGUCACAAAGCGACAAGUAAAGAGUGCAGAUGACUGCAAAAAGCAGAUUCAGGAGUGCAAGGUAACCAAGACCAAAAUAAAUAUCGUUCUUCUUCGCUUUCCAAAACGCAAAUUUCCAACCACCCUUUCGACUUGAAAAAGCUUUAAAGCUUUAUAGGAAGUUGCGUAUCAAGAAGUCGUUACAAGUGGUGUGCACUUGACAGGUCCGCAAAUAAACAGAAGGCAUUUUGUCUCAGCUUGUUGAAAAGACUUUACGGUGUAAUUUUUUUGUUGUAAAAGAGACGUGGGUGUUGUUUUUGCAGGCUGUAGGCCAAGAUCUGGUUGAAAACGAAGCGAUUUUGGAAGCCGUAAACCAAGAAGCCCUCCAGUUACUGGAGGAAAUUAAGAACGGGGAUGGACUUGUGGAUAUGAAUGGAUUUGAAGCACAGCUGCGAUUAGUGAAUGAGAAGUGGAAUGAAGCUAAAGUUCAGGUACUUAUGUUUGUUGUUAAAUUCAUAGAAAGGAUAUGUAGUCCGUGACCAAGAGGUAUUAUAUAAACCAUCCAUUUUCAUGCCUGGUUUUAGCCAGCUCCUUCCCUGGUCAGUUGAUUUAGCGGCAUUCUGGUGAAGAGAAGGUUACUUGUUCACGAGUUCCUUUCCUAAUCUGUGACUAUUGGUAUCUUUUCGUUUUAAACAAUCUGGGCUGAGUUUCUCAAAGCAUGGUUAGCUUUAACCAUUGGUUAAGCAGUAACAAAACCAAUACGUUGUCAAGGUAUUAAACGCUGGUUAACGCUAACCAUGCUUCGAGCAACUGGGCCCUGGAUGUUAGGGCACACUGUCGUAUUUUCCAGGUGGACAUAUAGCUUUUGAAUAGUAUGACUUUGCGCAACCGAUCAUUGAGUAAGUUGGCCUUCCUCUAAAAUCCGUUCUUUUGUCUUACAAUUUUCCGCAUGACUUGUGCGGGCUUUUUGAGACUACGCUGUCAUUUCUAGUUUACUCCUAUUGGUUGUAGUAGACCAAGGAUGUUCUAGUUUUUGCGUGUUCUCCGUUAUACUUUCUCUUUGAACGUGUGGUGAUGUGGUGAUUCAUCGUCAACUUCCUUUUGGUCAAAUAGCGUAAUGUGGCGUAGCCGACGGUGACCCAGUGUGUCGUGACAAUUUUCUUUAUCUUCAGGUCGGUGUAAAGCAGCAGGCCCUGGAAAAAGUGGCGAAUGAGUUUGAAGUACUAGAAAAAGACAAAGAAGAAAUUCAGCAAUGGAUAUCUGACGUUAAAAAGGAAUUGAGCUCGACCGGAGAUCAAGAGGAAAAGAACCCAGAUGUUGUCAUUAAACGGCGCAAGUUAAAGGUUUGUGUUUCUCAGUCAUAUGCUAUUGCCAAAUAGGUCAACUUGCACACUGUAAAACAAACAGCGAAGUUUCCUGCGAUUGUCCGACCGAGUAUGCUUACACUUAUUAGUCAAUAAAUGAGGCUUCAGUAAUGAUAUCAUUAACCUUUACGUAGAGCAAGGUAGUUUCCAGGCUAGAAGUUCAUGCAUGACCCAGAGACCUCCCAUUUCGUUAUUCGUAGGACCAGGUAGCUUCGCGUGAAGACCAACUGAAAAGACUCAGUCUUCAAGCUUUGAAACUGGUCGAAGAUUUCUCUGAUAGCGUCGAUGUAGACGUGAGCGACUCAUUUCAACCCUUCUUUCAAGAAUGGGAGAACGUUCAAGAACUUGCUGGGCGGCCUGUGGAUGAUGCACAGAAGACAACUCUGCGAAAGCUCAAGAGAUCCUUAUCCAUCCCACCACAGUUCACCGUUCAAGGUGACAGUGAGAACGAGCCCCUUCCGGAGUUGUCCCCGAUGCGUCGUCUCGGAGUUCGAAGGUUUUCGUUCGGAAGUGAAAACUCUUUGGACGUGCGGGAUCGUAGGCGCUCUUACGACGCUUCCAUGGAUACGCUGUGGAGUUCCAGCAGCACGUUUUCGAUCAACAUUGACAAUAAAGAUGACGACCCGGACGAAGUAGCUGGUGUAUUUAUUGAAAACGCUCUAAGAGCUGGAAAUUUUUUCGUUGGAGGUAGCGAGCCAAAUUUGCUGGACGGGCGAUCCAGAGAGGGGACAUUGUCGAGUCAGGAUUAUAACAAAGCGGAUGUUGUAGAGGCCAUGGACAGUUCAGCAGAGGUAAAGUUCCAAGGUUAUCAAUCGCUUAUGUCCCACCCGUUAGUAGUGAUCGAGGAAAAACAUUUAUAUGAGCUGUACAGGGGCUAACCCUGCGCAGCAGCGAUUAAUUUUCCUCUUCUGUUAUGUUUAAGUGUUAAAUUCAUGUUGCGAAGUAAUGAAAGAUACAUAGUACCACGUGAAAGCAAUUUUGCCAACGUUUUACUUGUUUUUAUCAGACCACAGAAUUUCUUCCGCAAAUUCAUUACCUUUUCCCAGUGAGUCAUUUCCAAAGUUUAUUGUUUGUGGCAAGAAUCUAUCCUGGCUGAUUUUUGUUUCCGCAAAGGGUUUAAGUUAUUAAAAUUCCUGCAAAAAAAAUUGCGUUGCAAAUACUCUAUAGCAAUGUUUGAUUGGUUUCUUGCAAAGUUAGAAAAAAUGCUUUGUAGAGGGAGUUGUUGCGAUCAUAAGGUUUGGGGAAGGUUUGUUACACCUUCCGCUGUUGCUCUAGGCUGCUGACGAUCAUUUCUUCAGUCUCCCAACCCUUUUACCUUAUUUUGUACUGUGACCACAAAGAGAAUUGAGAUACUGAUCAUUUGAUGUAACGUUAGGUUGAGCAGUGCUCCAAGGAAAGCUUGGAAACCGUGAUAGGGGAUGAAACGCCGAAAACUGAGAAAACAGAACAGGAAAUAAGAGCUCUGCUUGAUAACGUCAUAGAGAGGAUUGUAAACACUUGUACGAGACUCUCUGUGUGUGCUUACACGACCGAUGAUUCUGUGGAGGAUGUGGAACACAAGUUACGCGAGACCAAGGUUUGUAGCCGAUUUUUAGGAAAAAAGGACUUAAAAAUGCCAUUUUUAGCUCUCUCCCUUGGGGGUGUUAUUUCAGAGAAGGUACAAAGGGUUACGUCUUAGAAGAUGGGAGAGAGGGAACGUUGUUCUCUGUAAGUAAAGCGUCAUUCUGGUUAAUUAACCUAAAUACAGUUAUUAUUUUUGCUAAGGCUUUUAGGAACUGUUUUUAAAAAAUGCGCGCUUUUGAAAAAAAUAUAUAUCGUUUAGUGUUUCGGUUCUCAAGGACUAGAAGGUUUGGUAAAGGGCUCCAUUGUGCUGGGUAUCAUGGGAGGUGAACAGUGUACUCCCACCUUAUGUACGACCAUGACGUUACGUGCAUAUUUUUUAUGGCCUUUUCUCGCCUUAAUAUAGCUCCACUGUAGACAACUACUUGUUAUUCCCUUCUUUCUAAGGCCUUAGAAGACGAUCUCAAAUCUCAGAAAGCCGAGUUAGACGAUCUAAAGGAAGAUAUGCUAAAGAUAAACUUAGACAUAAGUUCGGUAGACGAAACCUUGGAAGAAGCUGGAGUCAAGCUUGACGAAACGAUUCCUCAGCCACCAGAAUUAGAGGCCGAGCUUGACUUUGUGGUUGAGCAGUUUAGCGCCUAUAUUGUUGCGGUGCAGGAGUGGGGUGCGUGGUUUGGACCUGCUUUGGCCACCCUAGAGAGGUGCCGUGGGACGUACAAGAAUCGGAGCAGCCUUGAAGAUAUGAAUGAUCAGUUACAGGUAACUUGGGUCCAGGUAUUGUGUGUUGCAGAGAAUAGGAAAAACUUUUAAGUGAAUUCUUACAGCUUACUACUUAUAUAAAACACGUAAACCGGUGUUACAGGAAAAUAUUGCUUGGCAUGUUUUUAUUUGAGAAAGCUUAUUUUAAACCAAUUAAGACCGAUAAUCGAACAAUAUUUGUGUCGCAGUUUAAACAGCACUAAAGGAAAAAACUUUUCAGAAGCUUCCAUUUUACAAUGAACACUUAUUCACAACUUCUUAGUCUUAACACCGUUGCAGAACAUGGAAAGACGCAGAAAGGGUAUCACUGCUCAGUAGCUUUCAUUAAAUUGGUCACACCACAGGAUUUCAUCCACAGACUCAAAAGUUAGAACCACAUUACAAGAUUCCUUCAUUUACUCUAUACGCGAAAGGGAUGUAGCAAGACCCGCAUCGCAUCUUCCAGAAGGGUUCACGGAUUUUUCCUUCACGAUGUAACUUAACCCUUUCACUGCCAAAUGUGGCCAAAGGCAAAUUUCGACCAAAUUUCCAAAUUUCAUUUUCUAAAAUUUUGAAAAGCAAGUAGCACCAUGUGUAAGUACAGGCAGAGAGCUUUCAUUUGAAUGGUCACUUCAUAGGAUUUCGUCUACACACUCAAAAGUUAGAGUCACCUUACACUGAAAACUCUAUCAAACACUCUGGCAAAGAAAGGGUUAACGAUGUAUCGAAAAAUGCAAGAAGAAUUUAUCUCUUCAUGUCCAAGGUACUUCUAGAUGAGAUGGACAAGAACGACCAGUUGAUAGGCGAGGUGUACAGCAAGGGCGAUGUUCUGCUCCAGGUCAUCUCAGGCAAAACAAAGGCCACAGUAGAGAGCGAGCUCAACCAACUUGAAGAGGACUGGGCCGAGUUCUGCCAGGAUGCUCUGGCAGUGAAAGCGGUUACAGAACAAACUAUUCAAAUGUGGAAUGAGUUCGAUGAGAACAGAGACAAGCUGGCCGAGUGGCUUGGAGAGCUGGAGCGAGCUUAUGCAGAAGCUUUCAUUGGACCCGCGAACCUAGAAGCGCUCAGAGAGGAGACGGAGAAAAACAAGGUGAGACGUAAAAGAACAUUCGCUAUUUUAGAAAUGAGAAAGGAACUACAGUGACGAAUGGCCCACGUUCGAUAUAUUAAAAUUCUAAGAUGGCUCCGAGGCUUUCUGGUCAUUUUUCUAUAUUUGGAUUGGUUUUCUUUGUGCUCAAGUCUCUUCUGGGAAUUGCGAGACAAUGGGGUCGUGAAAAAAUUGCAAUUUUGUCCCUAAAGACUCGGAGUCAUGUUAGAAUUUUAAUAUAUCGAACAUGGGCUAUUGUUGGUCAACGUUACUUCACAUUAACGAGGGGAAGAGUAGUUUUUUUGCCUUCUCUUUUUGCCAUGAAGCAGUUCUCUUAACAUGUGUUAAUUCCCUCUUCUGCAGUUCAAUGACAAAUAUAUAUAAUCUCAUAUCUUCACUAUCGUAAACAGUGCUUCUAUUGUAACAGCUAAAACAGAAGUGGGUAAAAAGUGGCCUUAAGUGUGCUUCUCUGGCGUCAAAUUGCUUAGGUGUCAUUGGAAAGAGGAGUCCCACAGCUCUCAUUAUGACUCACACUACUUGUGACUACUUUGACUUAAAAGCUUAAUCAGGCAUAUUGUGUACUUAGUAAAUCCAAAUUUGCCGCGUUAUCACAAAACUAAGCAAAACUGUGGUGUAGAAGAGAGGACUGUUGUAUGGUGAACUGAGAUUAGUUAUCGAACGAAGGUAUUUAAAGGACUUUUUGCGAUUCGUUUCACCACAAAGUUAUCGUUGCGUUUCCAGAAACAUAGUUCAAAUACAGCUAAACCCCGCUUUACGGACACCUGCUUAAUACGGACACCUUAUUAUCACGGACAGUGUGCUUUGUCCCUGGGGAAAAAACCCCUUACAUUUUCUCUAAAUUUAACCCGCUUAAUACGGACACUUUCUAUGGCCCCCUUAGUGUGAGGGCGUUCUUUCCCCAGGGACAACGCAAAGUGUCCGUAUUAAGCGGGAGUCCAUAAAGCGGGCUUGAACUGUACUCAGUAGACGCUGUAAAUGUUUUUGUCAAUGUCUACCAUCAGAGCUUGCGAAAGGAAAUGAGUAUCCAAGAACUUGUGCUGGACUUUGUGAAUGUAAAAGGCCAGGAGCUUAGCAGCAAAGUGGAAGAGAACCAAUCGAUAGAAGCCGAUCUUCAGCAGAUUAAUGACAUGUGGAACAAUGUGCAGGAAUUAGUGACCGAGAGGACCAAGGAGCUCAAAGGUAUAGUGGCUGAGUUGAGUGACUUUGAAGAGGAGCUCGGUCGCCUAGGGGACAUUUUGAAUUAUACCGAAGUGUGCCUUGAUGAAAGUUCCGCAACUACGAACCCUGGGUAUAACGGACUGCAAAACCAGUUGGCGAAAAUGAAGGUAAGGUAUUUAAGUAACAUCUAUUUUUCCAUUCCCAACAUUCCCACUCCACUCAUUUUUCUUUACCCGGAUUUGAAUUGUACACUUAGCUGUCUUUAAAGACAUAAUGGCAGGUUAUCAUUGGGCCGAAUUCCCCUUCAUUUUAUGCGGGAGGAGGGGUUGGGUUUCAAGUGGAAAUUCCGUUAUUAACAUUCUGGCCCCAGUUGUUCAAAAGUUAGAUGACGCUAUCCUCUGGAUAAAUCUCUAUCCAGUGGAUAACACAACUGGAUUUUUCUUUAAUAUUUAUCCGCUUGACAUUGAUUUAUCCUGUGGAUGGCGCUAUCCAACUUAUGAAGAAACAGGGCCUGGCUUGGUUUGAGACUUUCUCCCAAAUUUCUGGUGUGUGUUGCUGCGCAAAGACAACGGACAUUUGAAAAACAAUUGUCCCGUUUGCCAAAAAAGCUAGUAGUAGUGUUAGAAUUGUGCUAUAUUUAUCAUGGACAUUUGUCUUUUCAUGUUUCCAGGCCGUUGCCAACAGCUUCGAAGGACACAUGGCUCAACUUUCCGAUGUCCAAGAACGAGGGUCUCGGCUUCGUGAACGCUGCAACAGCGAAGGGCGAGUAACAAUCGAUGACAAGCUUCGAAAUCUUCAGCGCCGCUGGUCAGAUGUCAAGGAGAAGAUUUCCCGCAAGGUGCAGGUUGUUGAAGGAGAGAUCGGCGAGUGGUCUACGUUCACCAAGGAGUUAGAUCAGCGGCUGACAGAACUGCGUAAUGCGGAUAUCAGUUUGGGAGUGGUAAUUAUCAGCACUGCUGAACUGGCGGUGCUGGAAGAUCAACUGGCCAACGUCAAGGUUUGUAACCAUGGGGAUGUUUUAACUCUUUUCUUUUCGUUUCUUGGAACGAGCAAAGAGGAGAGGUCUAGGAUCUAGGUUAUCUUUGAAGAGAUGUCACUAAAAUGUGUGCACCAUCGACGUUUAUGUACAGACUGAAAAGGUAGAACCACCGUGUACAGCAUAACAAACAAUACCACGGGAAAGUACUGCUCAUUAACUUUCAUUUAAAUGGUCACACCAUGGGAUUUCAUCCACGGAAUCAAUAGUUAGAACCAUCUUGUACAGCAAAAUGAAGAGUACUACAGGAAAGUACUGCUCAGUAGCUUUCAUUUGAAUGGUCACACUUUAGGAUUUUAUCCACAGACUCAAAGGUUAGAACUACCUUGUACAGCAUAACAAACAGUACCACAGGCGAGUAUUGUUCAGUAGCUUUCAUUUGAAUGGUCGCACUAUAAAAUUUCAUCCACAGACUCAAAAGUUAGCAUGACAUCAUAUCUCCAUUAUUGACUCUAGAUGGGAUAGAAUGAGUAGUGUUUCUUUUGUUAACUGUGACAGGCGCUUUGUGAUAACCUUGAGCAGUCUCAGCCGCAGCUAAACCAACUCUUGACGACUGGCCGCCUUCUGUUAGACAAGGUCCCAGAUAAGGACGACCGUGAGUUCCUGGAAAGCCAGCUGAAUACGCUGGAAGAGUUGCAAGCAAGCGUGAUACGCAAGUCUCUGGCGAAACAAGAAGAGCUGAUUCGAUACAUUGUUCAGCAGCAAGAUUUUCAGACUCAGGUCCAGAGUUGCAUGCAUGUGUUGCAGGUAAUGUUUUACACAUUUACAAUGGUCUCGCUUCUAAUUCGCCAUGUUCUAAACGAGUGAAAAACUGGGCGCGAUAUGCCAUCACAAAGCGUUUUGAGAUCGAUUAGAGAAACAUUAUGAAGGUCAACAAAAAUGGCGCACUAAAAGUGGUGUGCUCCAAACUACAAUAAUAGUUUCAGAAAUGCUACAAAUUAUCAGUUUUACUUAAGUCCUUAAGUCCUUGACGCACCAGGUGUGUCUUCUUCCGUCAGAAUAACCUUGAGUGUGCCUUCAGCAGGUGGCUUACUGCUAACCGCCAUGUUUAUGUUGUCCCUCCAAAUGAUCCCUAGAGCCUUUGCUGUAAUAAUUCGCACCAGUUCCCGCCUAGUACAGAAGAUGGCCAAAUUGGCCAAAAACUUCAUGUUGUUUAUGCUGGUUAGUUAAGCCUAGGCUAAAGACCUGUUAUGAGGAUACUCAUAAAAAGGUUAUGGUAAGAAUCUGUAGUAGUCAAGUGGCUUUAGUGAAAUGUGUGUAACCAUGUUCAUUCACAGGAAGUUGAAGUGUCUUUGAGCGACUGGGAACUAGGCGUGGCAUCCGGGCUGAAUGAAAUGAAAGAGAAAUUGUCGCUUUGUGAGGUAAGACAAAACAUGUUUUGUACUUGAUGGGGAAACGAAGAGUUUCGGUACAGGGCUAAUCGUAAAUGAAAGGUAGCAUUCAUCUAAUUCGUUUUGCGCUUCCUUAUUUAUUACAAGAAAUCGUGAAAGGGUAUAUCCUGCAUUUGUGAAUAAGCAGUUCCUGUUUUUCUUAAUAAAGCAAGGAACGAACUUCAGGUGCAGAGACAGGAGACUGUUCAAGUUAAGGCUCUUGAUCAGUGUUUUCACUUGCUACUGUACCUCAAAAAUCAAAUACAUUUGGUUUUCAUUUAAUUAACGUACUUGUCUCUAGAAGGAAGGGGAUGAACACGAAAACCGGAUAACAGGAUGGUCUCUGAGGGUAAAGAUUUUUAGUGAGUUUUCUUUUUUCCGCAGCCGUUACUAGCAGAAUUACAGACGCAAAAGGAAUUCGUCAACAACCUAAGCGACAAGGGUAGGAAAAUUGUACAAGAUAAUCCACAGAAGAAACGGGAAACUCUAGAAAAACUACGAACGGUCGGUGACAAGUGGAAGAGGGUGCACAGACUUGCAACAGAAAAGAAGGACUACCUUGCAAAAUGCAUUGCUGAAGUAGAAACGUUUGAAGUAAAGUACGACGAAUGCAUGGACGCCCUGGAGAAAUUCUCCAGCGAAACUACAACCCUGAUGGAUACCUCUACAGAUUUAUCGCAUGUCGAGUCUUCAGUUGACGACGUCCUUCAAGUUGGCCAUCGAAUUACAUCUCUACUUCCUGACAAUGAACGUGCCAUCUUAGAGGAACGCCUCGAGAAACUGCGUUUUACGUGGAAGGAGUUACGUGACGUUCGUGACGAAUCCGCGCGCGUCCGUGCGGAACAGGAGGUUCUGAAGGUAGAAGAAGCGAACAACUUGCAUUCCUCGAAUGAAGCCUUCAAGCUGGAAGUAGAUGACUUAAACACUUGGUUAGAUGAAGCGGAGAGUACUUUGAAGAUCGACAUGUUUAGCGUUCCAGAGGAGGAGCAGAUGAAUGUAAUAAAAAAGCAAGAAAAGCUGUACAGCGAGAUCGAAAAACAAGGUUUAGUGGUGGAAGAUAUUUUGUCCAAGGGAAGGAAAGUAUCGUCGCGAUUGAACGAGCAGGAACGAGCUGUCAUGGAUGAGCAGUUGGAAGGGCUGUCUGUGCGGUGGAACUAUGUGCGCACUCUGUCUGAUUUACAGAGCAAUGAGCUUGAACGUUGUAUCGGAGAACAGUCGGAUUAUUACGAUUUACUGGAGAAAUGUGUGCUGUGGAUGCAGGAGGCAAGCGCUUCAGUUGCAGCUGAUGCAGCUGACCCUGCUGAUACAGUGGCUGUUGCGGCUGAACUGGAAAAACACCGCGAGCUUUGUCAGGAGAUUAAGCACAGAGAAGAAAUGGUGGCGUCUGUAAUCAGCAAAGGCAACAUACUGUGUGGUAAGUUAGCAACAGAGGAGCAGGGAGCUGUACUGGAACAGCUGGCUCGUGUCGAAGACGAAUGGAAGAUGUUGCAACAGCAAGCCAAGGAGAAAGAAAAGGAGUUGAGAAGAUGUCUAGGAGAGACGGUGGAAAAUACGGCGGAUAAUGGUACGUCAUGCUCAGUGCUUGUUCAUGUACUCUACGACGGAACCUAGUUAACAGGGAUAUAGAACACGAGCGUUUUACGUCAUGUACCCAACUCCUACUUUUACUCCUUGCUUACACAAGUCUGUAAGAAGUUUUUGGAUUGGUUUAUGAACGAGGGUACUGAGGUCCAGAGAGAAUAACCGAAGUAAUAUCAUAGGUGACGAAUUACUCCUUAAUUUUGGCGCGAAAUUUCGGCGUUAAUUUGUAAUUCCACAUGUGAAAUUACAAAAUUGCCAUGGCAACCCUUCCGUACGUCUCAGUAUCAAAAUGGCGACGAAGUUUUAAAAUGCCGUGAAUGAAGAUGCCAGGGCAUAAAAAGACGCUUUAGAACACCCGAACACACGAAAGAGCACAUCAAGAAGGAAACUAACUGGUAUUUUGUCGAAAAAGUCUGAACUUACGCCAAAUUUAAGCUCUAAACGUUCGAGAGAGUGGAAUUCUUCGAUCGAGACGAUCCAGGAUAAACAUGUCAAAAAUCCAAGAUUGCUAACGUAAUUCGUCACCUAUGAUAUUAAUAGGUAAUCAAAUGGUAUACUCGUGAAAUUAGGGAAUAAUUUCACUUGCGUUUGUCCAAAUCCUAAUAAUUUCCCUCGCCUUAAGGCUCGGGAAAUUAUAAGGAUUUGGACAAAACGCGCGUGCAAUUAUUCCCUAAUUUCACUCGUCACCAUUUGAUUACACAUACUACUAUAUUGUGUGAAACGGUUAUUUGGGUGUGUAUCGGGGCGGGCUCCUCAGAGAUUCCCGACAUUUCCGUAAACACUGGUGUUGGGGAAAGGGUUCACUGUCUUACCACGCUAUUUCAAAAAUAAAUUUGUUUUAAGCUUAUUUUAUCCCGUGAGUUUGGAUAGCUACCAAAUAACUUCAACAAAUUAAGAAAUUAUACUACUGAGUUUAUGUCCUUCUUUACAGCCCUCCAAGGCGAGGAAUGCUGUUUACAAAAUCUGGAUGAAUGCGCACUGUGGUUGAAGGCUGUAUUAACUAGAGCGGAAAUACCAGAGGAAAGAAUUGCGGCGUUUACUGAAGUGGAAUCCCGCUACUCAGAAGUGGAAUCGCUCAUUGCAAAAAUGGAAGAGUCACUUGCCAAUGACAUGAACGAACCAGACAGGUCAGAGAGGGAAUCCAAACUACUUCAACUGAAAGAAGAUUGGCAGGGACUGAAAAUGAAGGCAAGAGAGAAAAGGCGCCGUCCUGGAAGAUUAGGAAGUGAACUUGAAAGUAACCAGGUCGUAUUCGCGGGCGUACUAGCGGAGCUAAAAACGUGGAUCUCAGAAGCAAGAGACAGAUGCUUAGGGAUGACAGCUUUUUCGACUGUCCAGGAGUUGCAAGAAGCGUUGAGAGUCUGUGCAGAUGUUAGAAGUGGACUCCCUGAGAAAAAAACUAGGCUUGAAGAUGCCAUUCUGAAAGGACGAGAACUAAUAACUGAGGUUGAGGAUGAAAAUGUGGAAGCUCAGCUUGAAGACGUGAAAUCGCAAUGGGACAAUCUACAGGAGGACUUGCGCAUGCGAGAAGGUCUUCUUGAAGGUGCAUUAAAACAAAUCCAGGCGCUUGAAUGUGAUUUCGCUAAAAUGCAAUCAGUUGUAGAGGAGGUAGAGACCAAACUACAGAAUUUGACUACAGUCGGUGGCUUUCAUACCGUCGAGUCAGAACUAGAGAGUUUACUUGGACUUGUUAAUGAUUUAAAGGCAUGCGAAGCUGAAAUUAUUUCAAUCGAAAAGAGCAACCAAGCAGUCGAUGCCAGCUGCCAGGCCUUGAAAGACGGUUUCGGUAAUCGUGUGUCUGAAUCGAAGGAAAAACUUGCUCAUGUAAAGCAGGAGAUCACAAGUCGCAUCCAAGAAGAUCAGGAGAUUCUUAACCAUCGAAACGAUUUGGCAACGGAACUGUUACAGUGCCAAGAGCUGAUUAGCAAAGUGGAAAUGUUCGCCGGUGAAGAACUCAAAUUGGAGCAGUUGCCGCUUCUAGAAGAAGGCGUUGUGCAAGCCACUGAAGCCGUGGAUUCAGUCGAUUCCGCACUGGCGUCUUUAGACAUUAAAGGUGAGAAGCUUUUCAGCAGGCUCAAGCCGUCUGAACAGAAAGUUUUACAAGUGGAAAUAAAUGAAUUGAAGUCGCACUGGAGUGGCGUUAAAGAAAACCUUGAAAGGCGUUUUGCCACUAGGGCAGCCUUUGAUCAAAAUUUGAAAGCCACCAAACAGUGGAUUGAAAAAGCGAACGAGGAAAUUACGCGUUCACAGAUUCCAUCUGAUGACCUAUCCGCAUUAGAAGACCACUUGGCCAGGUUGAAGAAUAUCCAUGAGGAAUGCAGCUCUCCUGAGAAUGUUGUGAAUGUCUUUUUAACGAACGGCAAAAAGAUUGUUCAGGACGAGAGUGACACAGAAAAGGGUAUUUUCGAGCUGCAACUAACAGAGUUAAAAAGUUCAUUCGAGGACGUAACAGAGCGAUCUAGAGUAGAAAUUGAUAGGGUUGAAGCUGAGCUAAACGAAUAUCGUCACUUUUUAGCGGAGUACCAGGAAUUGACGUCGUGGAUCGAAAACGAAAAAAGGCUCCAAGAGACUUAUCCUUUAGGUGAAGAUUCUUCGUUAGAAAUUAAGCUUGAAGAGCUCAGAUCGAAAAAGCGUAACAUUGACUCGAAAGAGGAGAAAAUAAAAGAGUUAUCAGAAAUUGCUGCGAGAAUUACAAACUUUGAUAUCUUUGGCAAGGAAAACGCUCAGACUCAGUUGCUAGCUUUGCAAACGUUAUUUAUGGAAUUGAAAAACAAAGCUGCUGACCAGGUUGAAUCGAUACAGGUAGAAAAUGAUAGAAUGAAAGAGUUCCAGGCUGAGCUGCAACACUGCAAAGACAUUGUACAAGACCUCGAAAGCGUUGUAUCUACCGAGUCACCCUCUUUUAACGAAGUUGGUCAACUUGAGGGUUACGUUCAAGAGCUUAAAGUGAAAUUUCAAGACGCUUUGGGCCAAAAAACUGCCAUAUUUCAACUUGGAGAGAAGAAGGAUGAACUUCCAUUGGCCUCAGAAGCAGCGGAAAAUUAUGAUGAGGUUGUAAAUAAAUGGAAAUCUUUGCUCGCUGGCUUCUCAGAGAAGAUUGCGGAAACAGAGAGAAGAAUUGCCGAAGAGCAGAAGCUCAACGACAGUUUCGAAGAAGUUUCAAGCUGGGUGGAGAACGUUGAAAAAGAAAUGGAAAUUUCGUUGGCUUCCGUGGAGGCUCAGGAGGUGGAAGAAAUAGUCGGGCAAGUCGAAAAACUCCGAACAUUGAACACUGAAUGCGUCUCCUAUGGUCAAUUGGUUGAGUCGCUCCGAAGCAAAGUCGAAGAUUCGGGGAAUCAACCAUCGGAAGGGCACGUAGGUCGGUUCAGUUCUUUGAAAGCUAGUGUCGAAGCGAUGCAUAAACGUCUUACAGCGAAGCUGGGAGAUGUAGAGCACUGUGUUAACGAUGUGAGUGACGUUAAGGAACGAAUAUCUUCGUGUAAAGAAUGGCUGUUGCAGAAAAAGGAACUGAUCGUCGCGAACGAGGAGAGUAUUCGGCCAGGGAAGGUAGAGGACCUGGAAGAAAAACUUGUGGAAUUCCAAAAUUGGAACCAAGAGGUAGAAACAGUUCUUCAUGAUAUCAUGCAAGCGAAGGAGAUAGUUGGUCAGGGUGUUGGAAAAGUUUCCGGUGCUUUAGAGGAAUCCUUGUCGAAGGAACUCAAUAGCUUGUGUGACACUCUUACGGGCUUACAAGAAGGUUCUGCCGCUAAGGUUGUGGAACUGGAGCAUUGCUUGGAUGGAGUAAGAGAAAUUGAAGAGCAAGUUGCGCGUUAUGACACUUUGCUUCACGAAGCGGGUAACGUGGUACAAGGGUCCAACGAGAAGCCUGUCCGCUUAGAAGCUCUAACAGCCAAUCUUGAAAAGUUGAGAGAUCUACAGAAAGACCUUGCUGAAAAGGAAAAGGAAUUCCAAAGUUUUCUUAAAACAAAAGAAGAAUUAGUCACUCAAAGCGGAAACCAAGAGAGGUUGGCCAAGGCAAAGGAGGAAUUUGAUAGUCUUAUCAAAGAAAUCCCUCGGGUUUUGAGUGAAACAGAGGUGAAAGUCAGUAACUAUGAGCAAUGUAAGAAAGAGCUCGACGAGUCCUUGGAAUGGUUGACCAACGCCAAAAGUUUUGUUGACUCCAAUGUUACGUACUCGCUUGACGACAGUAGCGCUGAGGACCAUCUUCGUAAACUAAAAAAUCUGCAGCCCGAAUUGGAGUCGUUUGGCUCUAAACUCUCGGUUAUUGCAGAAAAGGGAGAAAAUGUGGCUCUUAUUGAAGGGGAAAGUGAAAGUAAGCUCCAAGAAAAACUUGAUUGCGGGAGAAGCAAUUUGGCAACACUAUGUGAUGAAGUGCGCGUAAAAGAGGCGCAUUUGGUGACAUUUUUAAAAGCAAAAGAGAACUAUAACGCAUGCGCAACACAGUGUAAACAGUCUUUGACUGAACUGAGGCGAUCUGUUGAGGAAGAGUGUACAUGUUCAGCUAUUGCGGAGAAGUCUAAUGCUCAGCUUGAUCUACACAGGAAACAGCAGGAGAAAUGUCACGAAAUAGAAGAACAAAUUCGAUCCCUGGAGGCAGCGGGUAGUCGGGUUUCUAGCGCGUGCGAGAAUCAAAGAGAACCGUUGCGAGAGAAGCUGAUAAAAAUUAAAAAUGAAUUGCAAGCACUGAAUACGGAAGCUUUGAUUAAGCAAGAACAGCUCGUAGCGUGGAUGGCCGAAAUCGGAAAUAUUCAUGAAGAAGUGAAGGAUAGUGUAAGUCGAGUAAAAACUAUUCAUGAGUCUCUUCAAAGCUGUGAACUAAAAGCUAGCGACAUACGUGUCGCAAACGAUGCCCUUGGCCAGCUUAAACAAACGGCAUCAGAACUUGAUGCCGAGAAAGAAAAUGUCCAGAAUAUUGUGGAAAAAGCUGAAAUGGUCCUGGGAAAACUUGAACCCGGCGAGAAAGAAGAGCUAGAGGAAUCAGUUCGCGCGCUUCAGCGGGCUUUUAACGAUGCUGAAGAAGAAUCAAAGGAAAGAGUUCGACAAGCAGAAGAGCAUAUUAAUAACAUUAUCGAAUUCGAUAAACAAUCUGCUCAUUGUGAGAGUCUGCUAACUAUUUACCAAGCCGCUGCCCCAGUUGACUUGUCAUGCACAGUAGAGACUCUCGAUGAUCAGAUGGCCAAACUGAAAAGGCUUUACGGAGAUAUGGAAUCACGUGAAUCUCACAUGACGGCACUUCAGGAGAAGGAGGCUAAGUUAUCACGCGAUGAAAACUCACAAAGCGGUCCUACUACCCCGGAUGGAAAGGCUGGAAAGCUGCAAGGAGACUGGGGAAAACUGAAGGCUUCAGUGGGUGAGAAGUUGCACGAACUUGAGCGAUUAGCGGAGAUGAAGAAAGAUUUUGAAGAUGACUAUAGCGCGUGUUUAGAAGGUGUUCAAGAGCUGGAAACAGCACUUCACGUGACAGAAGGCGAUGGGGGUCCUGUAGACGCGAGAUUGAAGCGAAUGCAGGAACUUUGUUCUAAGAUAAAAUCUUACCGUAAUAAACUAGAUUUGCUCACUGACCGUUGUAAUGAACUGCCAAAUGUCGCCUAUGAACAAACAGAUCUUGAUCCAAAAAGGAAGUUGGACAUUGUUGUCGGAAAAUGGGAAGAGGUAAAAGAAGAUGCUUUGGGAAAACUAAACGAACUUGAAAAGGAAAAGACAGAAACACAAAACAUUGAUAAUGAGAUUUCGAAGUUGCGCUCUUGGGUGCAAGAUACUUGCGCGCCCUUCGUUCAUAAAGAGAUACCGCCAGUUAUUCAAAAGGACAUGUUAGAAAAAGCUGUCAUGGAUAACAAUGGAUUUCUCUCCAUUCUGGAUACAAAAUUUGCUUUGUUAGGGGAGUUAUUGUCCAAAACAAGACAUUUCAAGGGUGGUGUACAACAACAAGAGAAACCUAUUGAAAGUAUACGGGAUAUAGAAAGAAACUUAAAAGAUGCUAAAGCUAAGUUAGUAAGCAACAGCGUUGAGAUUAAAAGUCGCUUGCAACAACACUGUAAACUUGUGUCCGACCUCCAUCGCGUAAGGGAUCUGUUAGUAGAAUUGAAACGUGGAAAAAGCGUGGAGUCUGCUGGGCGUGAAAGUGAUAACUGGAUUGAAGAAAGCAUUAGUUCGCGGAGGAUUGAUGUGGCUAAACUUGAAUCGUGUGACGUGCUUCUGUCUUCUGUGCCGGAGAAAAUUGCCAUAGCUAAAGUCGGACAUGUCGAUGUAGACGAAAGUGUGAUUGAACAGGAUUAUUACGCUCUGACCGCAGACGUUCAAGCGAUGAAAGAGCGUCUCACCGACGAAACCGCACACCUGGAGAAAAUGCGUCAGUUUGAUAACGAUUGCGUUGAAUUGUUGGCUUUUUACGAACGUCUUUCAGGGCAGAUCCGCGCAGUUGAUCUGGGUGCCAUUGCUGAGACUUCCAGCCUUACUUAUACUGAAGAAGAGCUUGCGAAAUGCCGCUUGGCUGGACAAGAACUCUCUCAAACAGAUGGAAAUUUCAAAUCACUGGUAGAAACAGGACCAGACAUGUUGAAUUUUUCGACUUACGAUAAAAGACAUAAUUUAGAAAAACGGUGUAAUGAACUUAAGGAAAGCAGAACUUCUUUGCAAGAUCUGAUCAAUGACCGAGUCGAAGCUGUACGAAAGCUCGUUGCCGAGCAACAGACUUUGGAAGGCUGGUUGAAAAAGGCGGGAAUUCUGAUUCAGGAUGCUAAGGCUUUGCUGCUUGAGAACGAGGCCAGUGUGACCCUUGAUGAUUCCCGGAUGUCAGAGAAGAUCCAGGCUCUCUCCGUGCUAAACACCAAGCUAGAGGAGUAUCUUGCGUACAGCGAAAGUUUACAGGGAAGUGGGAAAACCGCUGAAGUUGCGAGGAUGAACGCUGAAAUAAGUCAACUCUGCAAACAGCUGACGGCUUCGGCAAAUGAUUUGCAGGAGUUUAAGAGUCAGUGGAAUGCAUUUGAAACUGAGGCUGCUGAAGCCGCGACACUUUUCGCGCGGUGUGCUGCUGACCAGUCUGCACCUGCUUCGUUACAGGAGGCUCAAGAGAGGUUAAUAAACGUCAAGGUAAAUAGCUUUUGUGUUUAAGAAUUAUCUUCAACUGUCUGUCGUUUAGUCGUAAUCAUACAAUUGGACUGACCAGUCGCAACGGGCGCUGACAAUCGAAUGAACCAAUCAUAACUCGCGCGAGAUGGGUGCAACCGAUAAAAAGCGCGAGAAAACGGCUGCCGGCAAGUCAUGAUUGGCUUGAACUUUGCUUCUGAUUGGUUGUGUUAACUAAGCCAGCAAGCCAACUGAGAGAUCCAGCGCUCAGUUGGUUUGCCAGCUUGAUUGGUUAGAGUGCUGCGCCGGUGUUGCGGGGGUCGGGGUUCGAGUCUUGUUGAGCCUGAAUUUUUUCAGCGUUUCUUUUCGCAACUGCAAAAGUUGCGUGAUGGUCAUCGUUGCAUUUAUUUGUUCAUUCCGUGGCUGAAAUAUAUGAAAUUCUUGUAUUUAUCAUUUCAUAUGACAACUUUAGUUCCGUAACAAUUACUGCUACCACUUCCCACCCAUACAGCUGGUUGUGCAAAACUCGUGCAUUUUACGGUACCUGUUGCAGUCGUAGUACUUUUUUUUUCUUUGCCACUUCUUUAACGUAGACGACUGUGAGACGCGCAGAAGUCUUCAGUGUAGCAAUUCCAAAACGACGGCAAAGGUUAUUAGAUUUAAGCUUUUUUAUUAAAACGCCUUGAAUAACCUCUCCCUAUACGUCACUCGCAAGGAUACGCCAGCGUGUGUGCAAGAAACGUUGUACUUGUCAAAAUUUUCUUCGUUCUGUUUAAAUGAGAAUGGAAUAAGGGAAAACGUUUUGCUUUUUCCCCUUUUGAGUUUCUCUUACGUUAAGAAGAUCGAUUUUGCUUGGGAAGAUAAAGGCCCUCGUUGCUUGAAUUUCAGAUGAGAUUUUGUCCUCGCUUUUCUUUGUUUCCAAGACAAUAGCACAAGCUAUCCAGCUUCUGUUAUUGCUAUGACGAAACUAAACACGACCAAAAAGCAUGGAACGGGUUAGCAAACGAUUUCCAAACGUUUAAAACUGCUCUUAAAAUGAAUAUGGUUCCCGAAAUUUUCUAUUUUAUUUACUUGGGAGAUAACGCGGUGAGUAAACUUGUAGUUCGUCGCGAUUUAAACCUAUUCAGUAGAUGUUGUUAGCAGCAGUUACUUAAAAAGCGUUAGAAUUUUGACAGGUUGUGUAAAAUUGGUAAGCGAGAAGCACUAUAAAAAGCUAGAGUUUUAUAGACUUCACCUGACUGAUCAUAAUGUAAGGUUUUUUCUUCAGCCUCGAAGUGAGAAUCGCUACAGCUUUCAACUUAUGCGCCAUUUAGCAAAGAGUUCAUUUUUUUUCUGUCGCCAGUUCAUUUAAUCAGUCCAGUCACAGCGACCCUCGGUAGUCGCUAUGGUGUAAUAGGCAAUCAGGAAACAUUUCCCGCUCAGUCGUUUAAAUUAACAUAUCUAUCUGUGUAUAAACGAUACGGAAGAGCAUUUGAAUAUUUAUAUUUCCUGAGUUACUCGACUUAUAUUUGCAUGGUCAUUAUGUUAUAAUGUCUUCGAAUAAUUCCAAUUUAACACCAAAAUUCUCUGAAGGGGAACCAAAUGUUUAGUCUCGUUCAACUAGUCAAGUGGCUUUUGGUAAAACGUACGACAUUGAUGUUUUUUUCAAUGUUUUGGUUUGUAAGUGCUCCCAUUCAACGAGUGACUUCUUUUAUUAACUCUCCAAUUUGCUUUUGAAGCCGUUGAAAUCGAGAAUUGUAGCAAAUCGCGCUUAACGGUAAGUGUAACAAGCGAUCACUUUUUUUUCUAUCUAAAUGAAGUUGUUAUGGUUCGAAGUCUGUAAACCGAACCGCUGAACUCAAAGAAGGGUUAUUGUAUUCACGAGUAAUUUUUCCUAAAGCUGUUCGCCUUUAAUGGUAGGUUUUAUAUAUAUUUCCUUCAAGAUGACAGGUUGGAUUUCAGGUUUCUCCGUCGAAUUUUUUCCGCUUAAACGAAUCCAAUUUAACUUUCUGUGUGUCAUUUUCCCGCCAUUGAAUUUACGACAGUCAUUCAAUAGGCUACGUCACUUCCAUUUUACCGAUUGUAGCUGACUUUACUUAAGUCAUCGCCAGUUACGGAAAGAUCAAUCUCAUAUGCAGGUUCAGGGUUAUGUCGACGCGACGGUUUACAGUUCAGCGCACUCGCUUUUCCUUCAUCGAAAAAGGAUAAUUUUGUAAGACCGAUUUAUGAGCGGGUAAUCGGUGUUUGAUGAUUUAAUCCGUGUCUCUCAAUAUCUUGUAUUCCGUUAGUUAGUUAUCUAUGAUCGAUGUUUUUGAUUUGCUUCUUAUAUCUAUUAUUACAAAAGGAAAUGCCAUAUCAGUUAGAGGCUGCAAUAUUGUGAAACGAGGCUGAAUGAUUAUUUAUUUUUGACAACCGAGAUGCUGUUUUUGUUUUGACCUCGUGCUAUCGACGCGCCAGCAGGUUUUGAGUUAAUCACAGCAGGUGGAAAUCUGUGUCCAUAAACUGUCUGUGUUUUUUCGUGGCCCUUUAAGCUCCAAUAUCCAAAUACAAAUUCUCCAGAUUGAACUCUAUACGUUUCCUCACAGAAUUAGUUGAGAGAAUUUGAUGAAAGAUCAAGCAUUCUUCUUUUUUCAAUCAUUCUAGUAAUUCUCCUAACCAUUUCUCUUAGUUAUGAAUUCAUAUUGUCAGGAGAAACUUGAUGUUGAGAGCUAGGGUUAGGGGAGAAAAGGCAGUUAGUGAGGGUCGUUCGAAUCUCUUUAGCCUGCGAGCGGGCGCUUGGAAGUUGUGGGCGAAAAAGGGAAUGGGCAUGCGCGAGGGAGACACGCGAGGGGUGACUCCUUCUCUCGCGCCCGUUUUUUGUCGUGCCCACUGCUUUCAGGCACCUGCUACGCAGGCUAGAAUCUGUUCUGGAGCUCAAAAUUUUUCCGAGCUUUCUGAUGCAGAUUGAUUUACCUUUCUUUCGAAAGAUAAAGUUUUGUACCAGUAGUGAGUAACUAAGCCUAGGCCUUUUGUCGGGAAUAAAGACUGGUCAGUCGAUUUUUUUAGUUAUUCCUUAAUCUUGAUGAUAAUGACCCUUAAUUAUUAAGCCGUGAGAAGUUUAAGAAUGAUUAGAUAUUAAGUAUUUAGACCAUAAUGCUACAAAUUGUCUUUUUUUAAGGACUUACUAACAGAGAUAGGCACCAGUGAGACAUCCCUGAGCGCACGAGCUGAACAAGUCAGCGGUAGACUUAAUGAGCUUGACAAGAAGGAGUUUGAUGAAAGGCUUCGAAACUUUGGUGAAGAGUGGCGAAAAGCGAAGCAACGACUGAAUGAACAACGAGAAUUAUUGGAGGACGGAAUUUCAAGCUGCAUGAAACAGCUCGAGGUCAUGGAGCGGGCAAAGACGACUGCCAAGGAGGUCGAUCAACUCUUGAAUGAGAUAGACGACUCAAAACAAAGCGAUAUGGAGGCUGUUGAAUCCAAAACUGAGGUAUUGUGUGUUUAUAAUUGUAAUGUCUUGAUCAUGUUAUAAUUUUAUAUCAAUGUGUUGAACUGUGAAAUAAUUUUAUAUAUUUUAUGCGGAUAAACUGUUUGACCAUGCGGAAGCAGUAUGAACUUCUCUAUGUUUACAAUAUAAUAUAGCUAAAAUGCGUCCGUUUGUUUAUGUUUAAAAACCUUCGCUUUAGUUUAAUUCUAAUUUCGUCCUCCUUUUUUUACUUCCUUUUAAAUGAAAAUCUCAUAGUAAUUCUAUGCCAUUAAUUUUUGGUGUCUAAAAAGCGCUCAUCGAAAAUUAUCUCAAUUUUGCAUAUUCAAAUCGAGUCCUUAUUUAAAACACAGUAUUUGAUCCCAUAUAAACUUAAUGAGCGUGGAAACGUUGAAGUUUAUAUCUGUUGAAGACAUAGUUAACCUUUCUCUCUCCUUUUUUGUUAAGAAUUCUAAUUUUUCCUCAUCCUUGUAAAUAAUCAUACGGCUCUUAGAGAAAUAGUUCGAUAUUUUCCAAGCUAUUUUUAUGUACUUAAUCUUUAAAAAUACAAAACUACAUCUUUAAUUUGCAUUUCGUCUUCAAGAUGAACCUUACCAACAUAAUUUCACUUAAAAGUAUUUUCAUGUUUCGGAUGAUUUUUUUACUUUAGUUUUCAAAAUAAAGAUAUCCUUGUGGGAAGUUGUGUGUUUAUAGGAGCAAAUGACCACCAAGCCGUGCGAUUUCUUCUCUUCAUCCAUCAAGUCUUAUCUACAAAUUUACUGAAUUGACCGCAAAUCUCCAGCCAUUUAAAUUUGGUCGCGUUAAUUUAUCUUCUAAGAUUUCGGAAAAGUUGAAUUGUCGAUGAUUUAUUUUGUGGUUUCAUCGUCUGAUAAUUAUUUUUGCCUUUAACCGUGGCUAGAACUGCGUUAAUUUUUUAUGAAUACAGUACAUUUAUAAUAAGAGUGCGCGUCUUUCUUUAGUCGGAAGUAGUGUGGGUGUUUUAAUUCUCAAACAUUUUCUAUUCAAAUGGUGGAGUAAAUUAUGGAUCAGUGAUAUGAAUAAACUCUGCAUGGAAUCAAAGAUUGUCUGUCCAAUAUCGUCGUUUAAGCUUCUAGUGCGAAAUACAUUUUCUCGCCCUUUUCUAACUUUCGGAGAAAAAUUUCCCCGUGUUUUAGGAAACGUAGCCGAGUGAUUUUAGACUUAUCAAACAAUGUGAAACGCGGUUCCUUGAACUUCUUUUCUAAAAAAUAUUGCUGUCACAUUUUUUUGCCACUGUUCGGAGCACUUGAAUCCCGUGCAAGCCAAUUUUUAUUUUUGAAGCUUUCUUUUCACCGCUGCUUAAGUUGCGUACACAACUGCAACCAACUUUCAGGUGUCUACUCUUUCUUCCGCAGUACUCUGUUUAUAAUAAGAGAGCACGUCUUCCUUUAGUCCGCAGUAAUCUCAUUAAUUCACUUUAGCCGUCUGUACUGUUUCCUAGGAUCUCCGAGGAAAAUUAGAGAUUUUCGAAUCUCUUGUCGCAAGUAUGACUGAAAUGGCCGCUUCUGUACCUCCGACAUGGAAAGAAUCAAACGAACAAGAGACAACGAAGGAAGAAUUUGACACGAUUAGAAACAACGCAAGGCGGCGUCAGGCUGAACUUCACGACACGAUUUCCUUUCAUAAACAAUACCGCGAGGCUGUGGUCGCGGCUGUUGGCCGUCUCCGUGAAAUUGAAGAAAAACUGGAAGGCAAAGAGUCCACUGAAAAUGAGGCAGAAGACAGACCCCAGAUUGAGGUAAGGGGUACCGUCAACCUAUUCCACGCGUAGGCUAUAAGUGUCGUGAUUGGAUGACAUGCACUGAUAACCGCCCUUGCUGAUCCUCUAGUGAAUAUCAGAGACCUUUAGAUUUUAGGACGAGGGCGACUGCGAGGACAAAAUUUCACUUGCAGAGUCUUCUAUAAAAAGAGGCGGUUCUCACCCGGGAAAGCUCAGUUCAAUUUACUUUUUUUCACCAGAAAAGUUAACAUGGUUAUUUUUUGAAAUAGAAAUAUGUGAAAUCAAUUCAUAUAUAGGUACUGCGGGGUGAAGAGUGAAACGAAAGAAUAAGCCUUCUCCCAAUCGCAAAAUGAUAAAACUUCUAACAUUUGAUGACUUUUUUCCUUCACUACGACAUUUCCUCUAAAACCCGUAGUAGAAGCGUUUUCCCGACAAAAUGACAAUGGUUCACGCGUGCGCACUUCGUAGUAUUAAGAAAAUGUCGUUCUCGUGGUCGUCCUCGUCUUAGAAACGAGAGCGAAACAUCCUUUUGCAUUUGUGGGGUUGCCACAAGUUAAGCGCACUGAAGUUUCACCAUUUAAGUCAUUUUCAUUUUUAUUUUUAAUUUAAAAUGUUUUUUUUUUCGCUAGGAGUUGCAGCAAAAGUUGGACGAUGUUGCCCCGCUUCUGCAAAAUGCGCGCGAAAAGGGCAAGCUGCUUACCAUGAUGGAAUCCCCCGGGGAACAAGGUAUUAAAGUUCAAUCCAAACUCGACGAAUUAAGCGAAAAGUGGGACGAACUACAAGGGAAACUACACGAUAGAGUAGCAGAUUCAGAAAGGAAAAACGAAGCGGUAGCUGCCUUCAAUAGCGAGGUCAGGACAGUGGCAAUGAGGUUGAAAGAGUUGGCCGCCUCCACGGACGACCUCACUGCCAUCACUUAUGAUUCUACGAAAGUACUCGAACAAAGAGACAACUACGAGGUACAAGUUGAUUGAUUUUGUUGAUGAACAUUUCGAAGGAGCCCAUGAAGCUCAACCCUCCGAGGUUAGAAUUCUAAAUUGUAAAAUGUUCAGCAUCCACCCCAUUUAUUAGGCUUGAGGUUUUGUUCCUUGGGUAGCCUAUGUCACCAAGGCGACACGGGAAAAGUUUUUUUUUCCGAAUGAACUGUCAGAAGGUAAGUGUCUUAAGGACCAAGAAAAAUUUUCGUCAUGUUUAAGCCCGAAGCAUGGAACUUCCCGUAUAGGUAGAAAGAAUACAUUACAGUAGUUAUUCAGCUGUGAGAAAAAAGGGGUUGUCUCUUCCCUCCCCGUUCCCACUUUUGCCUGUUUCACUAGGCCGGAAACAAAUAAAGUUUUGUGCUUUGCCUUUUAAGACUUUUAGCAGAGAAGUGUCUGAUCUUCACGGGUCAGUGGAAGAUCUCAGCAGCAGGUGUGAAGAACUUAUGAAUGGAGCCCCCACCAGAGACCGUGAGGAGAUUGGAGAACAACUUAACACCCUCAAAGCCAGAUGCGAAGAUCUUGAAGGUACGUGCUUUUGAAUUAAGAGUGUUGGUCUUGCGCCGCUAAUACAAAUCACCUAUUAGAAUGUAUGUUGUCUAUCAAAGAGAAGAGCCUCUUUUUGUCUUGUUCUUGAUUGAGAAGGAGCAGAGGAGGCUGUGUUUGAAUCGCGUUAGCCUGCGUAGCAAGUGUUUCCGUGCGGUUUCGGAGCAAAGAACGAGGGGCGAGCUACAAAUGCCACGCGAAAAAUGGCGCAAGUAAAAUAGCAGGGAGGGGGUUGUGUGUGGUGGGAAGGCUCUCGCUCCAUUUCUCACGCGCGGCCAAAACUGAAAAUCUUGUUCCUCGAUCUUUCUUUGCUCCGAAACCAAACGAAAACGCUUGUUUCGCAGGCUAGAAUCGAGUCAAGCAGCCUGAACUUCUGAAGUACAGUAAAAACCUGCGAGUAAGAACAUGCAUUUUCUCAGUUUCUUACAUAAAUGGUAAUUAGCACAAAUUUAGGCUAUUUAGAUCAUAAAUAGGUUCUCAUUUUCCAAAAGGAAACAAAACGUAUUGCAGCCAAGACUAUUUAGGUUAUUCCUUGGUAAAACUCUGCAUACCAUUGUAUUGCAUGUCUCCUAAGAGGAUCAUGAAUUUUGACUUAUCUUAUUUGCUGAGGUGUACAGAAUUGUUUUUGUAGAAUUUAGAAAAUAAGAACCCGUUUCAAAUUUUAGGCUUCACAGGUUCUUCUAUGGAGGGGGCCUAACUGGCAAAUUUUAGCCUAACAGGUUCCUAAAAACCAGGUCUUUACUCGCGGGUCUUUAUUUGAUUAUACCGGGGUUUUAAACUGCAUCCUAGCAACAUGCAGUCUCUCAAGUGAAAGAAAGGCUCUGUUAGCAGACGCACCUAUUUUUAUUAUAUAUGUAUGAAUUGGUUGUUUCAGGACACGUCGCAGAGAAAGAAGAAGAAUUUGAGGAAACCUUGUGGAGAUGGCAGGAGUUUCAGAGUGAGAUGGACGCGUGUUUCCGUAAUCUUAUUAUGAUAGAAAAAUCUCUGGAUUUUCAGACUGUUGACGAUGGUGAAUUAGAAGAUCGCAGAGAGACGCACCUGGUAAGAUUCAUAUAGACUCAAGGGGGGUGGGGGGUGGACUCCCUAUAAUGGCCUAAACGAGCAGGGGCCGUCCAAAAGGGGUACCUUUUUCAGGCUUCUGGUAUAUGAAAGGGUAUGGAUUUUACUGGUGGAAAUAUAUGAAUGGGUAGGGAAAUUUGUCAUUUCGGUCUGUGAAAGGGCCCAAGGGCCUAAAAGAUGCAUUUCAUGGCUGUGAAAAAGUCGACAAAACGUUUUGGUUUUGUGAUUUUUUAUGUAUAUUUUAAAGACAGAGCAUUCACAGCAAUUAAAAGGGGUGCAAAAAUAUAAAUUAGGUUAUGUGAAAGGGGUGCCUUUUGUCAACAGAAGGUAUACAAAAAGGGUGCCUUUUUGGAUAUAAAAAUGGCAUGUGAAUGGGUACCCUGUGUUAUUGUUUUUAUCUAAAACUGUCAUUGAUUCCUGGAAAAUGUUCUGAUAGAUUUUCCAGUCUGUCAUCACUGAAUAAAAGAUAUUCACAUAGAGUGGUUUCGCAUCCUUUUCGUCGGAAUAUAGUAUUACGUGACUACUUAAUUUUAAAGUUGCGGAAGCGUUGCGUGACGAGUAUACUUGAGAUACCUAAAGCUGUCAUUUGCUGUUGCUUGAAACAAACUAACCGCUCUUUCGUUAUAGAUGCUAUCAGACAACCUAGAUUUCCAAGAAUCAAUUAUCCAUGAUAUCAAAGACCGAGCAAAGAUAGUGCUGGGAUUAUUUCCUGCUGCUGACGGCAACAAAGCCAGAGUCAAACUCAUUGCGCUUGAUCAGCGGUUUCUCCUCGUCAAAGAGCGCCUUCAGAGGAGACAGGAAGAGAUGUUGAAAGCCUCGGUGGACUGGCACGAGUUUGAGUGCGGGUUAAAGAGCUGUUUGGAAUGGGUUCAAAGAGCGGAAGAGCGCUUGUCACGUGACUUACCUGAAAACGAGGUUGACAGUUCAUGGCUUAAGGUUGGUGAACUUUCUUUUUUGGCAGAGAAUUAUUUUUUUUACUACACUGACAUUUUUUUAUCGUUCUUUACCCACUUCCUUCUUUUCCAAUGAGCUUCAGGAAACGCAACUCGGCACCAUUUUUACAUUAAAUCUCUUAUUAACGGCAUGAUUUCUUUUUAACCUGUUAUAAACACAAACUGAAAAUUUUCACUAAAAUGACCAAGACUUGCCACUAAGUAGAGCGUCCGACAGGUGUACGGAAAGUUAUUGAUUCGAUUCCCGACUUCGCCUCGGAUUUUUUGUUGUGCCAUGCUCGCGACGGGUAAACUUUUGUAGUCCACGUGUCUUGUGUUUCGCUUUUGCGACCGGUGAACAGGAAAUCUUCGGUUGAUCCCCUUUUGUGGACUUAGAAUUUUCUUUGUGCCUUACUCACAGCAACAGGAUGAAUAUUCCAAGUCCAUGUUUCUACUGUUGCUCAUUUGCAUUGUGGCCUGCCAACUUUCUCUACACUUUAUAUUUUUUUUUUUAUUUAUUUGGGAGGAGGAGACUCGAACGCAGUUCUUUGUUGGUAGUAGAAUAAAGCAGGUCGAAUUACAGUAUCUGCCGUCGCUGUAAGCUGUCUAAAACAUUCGAACUGUAUAGACUUUCCCAGGUUGAAUAUUCCAAGUCCAUGUUUCUGUUGUUUUUCCUCUGCAUUAUGGACUUUAAGGCCUUUCAACUUUCGGUAGACAUUAAAUGGUUCCUUUUUUUAUUCAGGAGGGGGACGUUCGGUUCAUUGUUGUUAGUAGAAUAAAACAGGUCGAAAAAUCAGCCGUCGCUGUGAGCUGCCAAAAACAUUCAAAUUUUAUGGACUUUUGGCUCUUUAAUCAUCCGAAUGAAUGGUCAGUGAAUCUAAGAGGCAGGUGUUUUUGGAUCUUGUCAUUAACUCGCGGCAAUUUCCUAUAUCGUAUAAUUGAACUCGGUAUCGUCCUACGCAUACAUUCUGUAAAGCCUUAAGCACUUUUUCGUAUCCCCCAAGUCUCUCAAGAGAGAUGAGUAUCUAAGUUACCCUUAACGCAUGCUCAUAACCGAAUGUAAGUGUAAGAGUCGGUGUAUUUAGUGAUUUUUUCUAAAAUUAAUUUAUUUUCCCGACGUCUUUAGGAAUAUUUUCAAUUACGAGGAUUUUUUAUGAAGUUAAAGAUCUUAUUUCUAACAGUUUUUUCAUUUGCCAGAGUUUCAGGAGUAUAAGUAGACCACAAAAUCAUUAAUAUAUUUUUUAAUAGCGAAGUUUUAUCUUCAUAGCUGCUUAUUCAUGGUUCAGUGACUUGUGGGUGUGAUUUACAGCUUUGUAAAGUAGUUUUUAAUUCAGUUUUUCAUGAGCUUUUGCCUAAACAUUCCCUUUAAGGUUUUUGUUCACACAGGAAGUUCAAAAAGCUUUAGUUUUAUGCGGAACUUUUUUUUAAAAUCUAGAAACACGUGUAUUGUUGACAUGUCACUCGACGUCAAAAAACUUGUGGAGCGAAUCCGAAAAUUUACGUUUCCAGGUCGCUAAUCACGCUUCGUUUGGUGGUUAUUUAAAUUUUCCCGCAUCCUAUAAAAAUUCUCUGGUUCUUGUCGCUCUGUGACAAGCAGUAUUUAAUGAACGAUUGGUAUUUAAUUUAUCUUAUUCCCCUGUCCGCGCCACGUUGCCUAAGAACGGUGUCAAGCUUGAAUUAAUUAAUUGUAAUGUAUGCGGCCGAUCGCUAGCCAUGUUUUCAGCGUGUGGCUACGAUCUGUUUAAGGUUUUUGCGCUCUGGAAAUAUGGUUACUUAGAAAAUUUAAGUUGGAAUAUUUCUCAGGAAGAAGAUCACAUUUGCAGUGAAUAAUAAUUCACCUUUAACACUGAUUUUGACAUUGACACUUCGAUUUACGCUACGACAGACUAGCUGAUGUCAAGAUAUACUAUACCACUAUAUGAAUUAUGACUGCAGUAGAGUGUAUCUUAGCCGCUUUCUCUCGUAAGAAUACAACUAUAGGAAGCCUGGGAUCUGGAUGGAAUCGUGGAUUACAUUAAGGACUACUCGCCGGCAGACGUCAUGGCUAAUAGUAAUUCAGAUGUGUAUCUACACUAUUUCUAUUUUCAGGCUUUUGGCGAUGAAUUCGACGUCCGACAGAGCGACUUCGAAUGCGUUCGCAGCCAAGGAGAUCGCUUGAUCGGUCAGCUAAGCGAUCGCACCGAACAAAAGGCUCUUGCAACACAAAUGGAGGAUAUAUCCCAACGCCUGGAGCGAAUACAGAAUUUAAUGCACGAAAAAGAACGAGGUGUCGGUGCGAUCAGCCACAACAGCGUGGAGGAGUUCAACGUCGCGUUGAAAGUUUGCACCGACAGGGUUCAACAGCUCAAUACAAACCUGGGGGAAUUUGAAAAUUUCGAAUCCUUUCGCGAGGAGCACGACAGACUACAACUACAGGUAGGGUUUUAAUUUUUAUAACUCUGCAAAGCGUUAGUGGUUAUGAUUCCUGGUGCGAUUUUUGUGAAGUCUUUAUUUAUCGCACCCAUUGAUUUUGUGUCAACCAGAUCCCGGGAACAGCUGGAAAUUUAAUCUUCAAAAUACAAUUUCGAAAAUAUUUAAUUGAAAAAAUGAGAUAUUUAAAAACUGACUACUUUCAGUGACCUCAAAUUAUACUUGACACAAAUUUAGUAAUUUUUUUAACUUUAAAUAUUAAAAUGCAUAAUAUUUUGGUAGACUGUAAAAAUAGGUGAGGGAGAUAAUUAUCUCGGUAGAGUUUUUUAGCUUAGGCAGAGAACUAGUCUGAAAGUGAUUUUACGACGUUUUUUUUAAAAAUAUCAGACAAAGUCAUUGCUACAUCUCCCCGUGAAUCUUUGUUCGUUUCACACCUUCUGUCUGUAUAGAAUGUUUCUUGUCGAGAGCGUUAUUUCAUCUUGUUUCACGCAUUCUUUUUUUAGAGUACAGAAAACAUGAGAUUAGCAUAUAAAGGUUGAUUUAAAUCUUGUGUCACGCUUCACGCUGUUUCGCCGUGGAGGGUUAUUAUUUUUACAAGAUAGGGCGGCAUACAUCGAGGGUUGACUGUUUGUUAACCACGGGAUAUUUGCUUUUGGAAGUAUACUUUGGUCGCUAUGUAGAUAUCACACUGUUCGAUUGGAAGGUGACCCAAUUAUUUACUGAACAAAUUACUUCUUACGUAAGGGAGUAUUGUUGUUCUUUAAGGUUUAUUUUUUUUUGUUCUUAAAUUGUCGCUUAAAAGGAAAAUAAUAAUGAUAUAUUAUAAUAAAUAUUCUCCGCAAUGCCCUCCAUGGAUUGCGAUUAAAAUCCUUCAUUUUCAUUAAUUUCUGUUUAAUUUUGUUUUAAAAACAUAAGUAUGAAUUACCUUGUUAGUUGUUAUGGAGGCUAAUAUCGCUUGAUUGAUAAUUGGCCAGGUUGUUCUAUUCCAUAGACGAAAGGGUGCCGUCUAAGUACGGCAACUAUUAUUUUUCGGGUUUUAGGUUCUUUUUUUUUGUAUUUUUAUUAGAAAAAUCAAUUAAAACGGAAGUCAAAAACAAUUAUCUUUACACUAGAACAGGUGCAAUACUCUUGGCUCAUUGUUCUUUACAAUAAGGUGUAAUUCUGGGUAAAAGGAAAGAUUAUAGUAAUUCCUUCUCCAUUAAUACCACACUGUCUUUUACUAAAUAACAAAUAACGCCCAUCAGAAAAAGAGAAUCGGCCAAUUCUACCUGGAGCAAUGUUUGUCGAAAAUUUGGAACAGUGGACUGGAUGUAGGGAUUUUUCACGGAGGAGCCAAAUACUCAGUUAAAUUUUUGCUCAGGCGAGCACCAAGGUUACAAAUGAGGUGCGGAAUAUACCUUGUACUAAAAUUAAAUUGUUAAAGAAGCUAGAUUUAUUUAUUAUUAAAAUAUUUGUUAUUUAUUUAUUGGUUUAUUUAUGUAUUCAGGAGCUUUCGUCAGAGCUGGAGUUCAUUCAGAGUUUAUCAAGAGAUCUCCGUCAGCGAUACCAGACGUUGCCUCUUGAGGUUCCAGACAUGGAAAGACAGGAAAUCAAAGGAAAACUGGAGAGACUACAACGACAAAUUUCAGAUGUUGGUGAAGAGCUCGCUCGUGUGUCAGGGCACGAUGUCACAGCAACUCCAAGGAUGGAUGGAGCAUCUGCUUUGGUCGCACUUCACGUGGAAGUCUUGGAGAACAAACCUCCAGGGCACGAAGUCGUAGAAAAUGGAGGCUCUGAUUUAGGAGAUUCAGAAAGCGGCGUCUCAUCCAUGGAGUCAUUUGAAGGGAUUGUACGCAGAGAGAACGGUCAUAUGCCUGGAGAGAAUGCUUUAAAAGAAAACGGCCUGCCAGAGGAGCCUUCAACCAAUGGCACCUCGAACGAGGGCUUGUCUCUUAAUGAGGGGAUUGCUGUUUCUCCAGAUGAGUAUCAACGCAUUCUUAUGAAUAACAGCGCGGAAACGAGUGAACAUGUGACAUUAAACUCAAAUGGUCUCGAAAACGGAGAGUACUCUCGUAACAAUGGCGAUGAAUCACGUGUUGCAUCACGUGAAAGUGGAAAUAAACCACAUGAUGUAAGCGUGCCGUUGCUGACGGUGACUGAUGAGGAUGGGAGCGCUUUGGAAGUACAAUUUGCAGAAAAUGUAACAGAAAAUAGUUCAGAUAAUUUCGAUAAUGGAAGUUUCUCAGGCUCAGCUGGUGAAUUCUUUAUUGAUGACUUUGAUGUUUAUUAUGGGCAAGAUCCUCCUAAGAUUGUUGUUGAACCUGCCGAGGCGUCUGCAGGCGAUAAUACUGACUUUCCAGAUAUCAAAAAUGAUGAACCAGACGCAACGCAAGAAAGUUCUCAUAGACAGGAUAAUGACAAAUCAAAUGUCCCAGAGGAAAGUGUUUUGUCCGAUCAGGCAAUAAAUGGAAUUUCGGGCGAUGACAGUCGUGAAUUAUCAAAAGACCAGGAGUUGACCGAAAAUGUGGAGACGGAAAUAAUACUUCCGUCUUAUAAAGCAAUCCCAGAUAACGCGUUACAUGAAUUUGACAUCUCUGCCGACUUGGAGACUGGAGAUGAUCGUCCGCGUCACAGUACACCGUCUGAACUUCCGGUCUCCACCGCGAAAGAGGAAGAUUCGAAAUAUGGCAAUCAGGCUGAGGAAUUAAAUUCAAAGCCAGAAGGUUUCAGUGAUUCUACUUCGCCUUUAGAGGAGGUAGUUACAGGCGAUAUAAUUCCCGUUGUGAGCAACAAUACUCGAGCACUACCUCAGCCCGACGAAGUUAGGAAAAGAAACGAUAAAAGACGCAGAUACGAAGCUGUGAAUUCACCCAGUUCGUUCGAAACAAUCGAGCAGGCAGGACAAGACGAUCAGUCAUCAAGUUCAGUCAUCUCCGCGCCAAACGAUGAAAUGGAUAAACUGGAUAGGUUGCUGAGGGUAGGCGAGCUUGACUCAGAGGUCGAGAAACCCCAGGACAGAAUUGCGUCCAUUUUAGCUGAGCGUCGGAAAGCCGAGGAAGCUGAAAGGCUCCGUUUUGCCGAGACCUCUGUGAGGGACCCUGAUUAUGAGCUUUUCACCUCUCGUCCCCUAGAUCUGAUGGACAGGAGCUCCCCGUUGAAGGAACUUGAUGAGUCAGGAAACUUGCUUCACGAGGAUAUGUCCCUAGAAGAUUUUUUAGUUGAAGUAGAAAAGUUGGUUGAAAAGUUGCGUUCCAUCGAGGAAUUAAUUACGACAGAACUGGAUUCAGAGGAUAAUAUGAAGGAUGAGUUGGCCAAGCAUGUAGUAAGUGAAGACAAAUUCUUUAUUAUUACAGUGAUGUUUAUAAAAGGUAGCCCUUUUCGCCCUAAAACCAGCCUACGAGAGAGUUGCUUUGUCUAAUGCGGUUAUACAGUCACAACCAAAAUAAUCGAAGCGCCGUCUGGUACCAAUUUCUCGCGUGGGAGUCCAGCAUACUCUCGCGUUAUCGUUCAUACUCGCGAGAUUAACAAGGCAAAUAUGGCAGCGCGCGAUUAUUUUUGUGCAAGACUCGUGUUCGCCUGUUUUUAUUGAAAUGUGGGUUUAUAUACUAGAGACUAUAAAAACCGUAACGUCCCUAUUUAAUUCCACAUAUUCAUGGAAAAUUAUUUCAAAAGUAAAUGUAUUUCUUUUCAAUCAGGCUUUGUGCGUUGUGAUGUCAAAACAACAAGAUCGACUCGAUCAGAUGAACCUGCUAUCGCACAGUUUUCUUCACGGAAGCGCCAGCCUGAACAUUAUCUUGGAAGAGCGGCUUAGAGAGGUACUGCAACACUAACCGUCCAUUCAUCAUUGUUGUUAGUUAAGGUUGAACUGCGACUCAAUGUAAUGUUGCUAUUUAUUUUGUUAUGUUUUAAAUUUUAUAUCUAUAAUGCCAUAACUUUUUAUAUAUUUUUUUCGCAAUAAUAAACGCAUAAAUGUCAGGUGUCAAAAUACACGACACUAGGGUGACAAACAAUUUUUGCAAGGAUCACUUGGACAUACAGCAGCGAGGGAAAGCCGAAUCCUAGGGCGAUCCCGCAUUUAUUCGAAAGAUUGUUUUUGAUUAGCUGGGAAAACAAUAGGGAUUGUCACAGAACAAUGCUCCUAUACCUGAAAACAAUGGAAAUGCAGAUUAAAGGGGACCAGUGAAGAAAGAGGUUAAGAACGGUGCAGGUCUACUCGGGCGGGGAAUCUUGGUAUAGAUCAGGAAUCAAAAUUGAAGGCACUCAAAAUUGGAUGACCAAACACUAGGCUGGCCAAACAAUGUCAGUCUUCAACUGGUUGAUUUGAAGUAAACAGUAAUUUACCAGAUCAUCUUGAAAAUUCGUUAACUGUCAUGAAAGGCACUUGUUUUACAGAUACCUUUAUAUAUUUUGACUGAUCACUAUCUGUUUAGUCAGAUUGGUCAUGCACGUUAUUGCUGUGGUUAUCAGACCCAUUCAACCUUAGUAUUCACUGUCAUAAAAGCGAGAUCUCCUCAAUCACAACCAAUAAAUCACUCAAAACUCCAGAAAUGGGAGAAAAGACAUUGUUCCCAGGCUACCUCUGUUCCAGAGGAUGUAAAGGAGAGAGACCCUGGGAUCGAGGUGGGCCUGAAACUGGUGCUAAGCCCCACAAAACACGUAAACCAAGAUAUUUCGCUGUGCUUCUGAUUGGUCGAAAAAUUGAGGUCAUGUUUUAGCCGAUCACACAACGUAGCGAACCAAACCCAAAGACACCACAAUAUAACGUUCGACACUUACGAGGGACUUACAUGAGAAUGAAGUAGUAGAUGAUAAAGCAAAUAAAUACAGAUCUUAAAUCCUGUUAAUUUUUGUAUCCAUCCAUUUGUAAGGUCAACGAACUUUGGGGAUAUGUUCAAGAACGAGCUUCAACGAAACAGGGGAUUCUCGAGCGCUGUGUUCAAGAACAGGCCCAGAACCUCGAAAGUUCACAACAGCAGGAGGUCAUAGCUUUUACGGAGAACUUUUCUUUCUUGAGGUCACUUUAUUUAACGCCAGCUUGCGACGAGGAUGGUGUUUGUGGGAGACCUAAAGGCCGCCUUGAGCUAGACGAAGAUCGUGAUGAAGUGGAAGAGUUUUAUGAUGAGGAUCUGAAAAAUCAGAUUGAGCUGCACGAGCUGUUUGAAGAAUUAGCGUCUGUAGAAGAAAGCGCGGUAACGGAGGAAGUUGUUAACAGUGAUCUGACGAGUUGCCAGGAACAGUUAACUCGAUUGCAGGUCAGUGUAUGUGAGUGUAAGGGUAUGUGGAUGGGUGACCACUGAAAUGAUGGUAUUGAUAAGGUGAUUGUAACUUUUUGAGUCAGUGGAUGAAAUCCUAAACUGUGGCCAUGCAAAUGAAAGCCAUUGAGCCAUUCUUUUCUGUGGUACUGUGAAAUAUGCUGUUCAAGAUGGUCGUAACUUGUGAGUCCGUGGAUGAAAUCCUAAAGUGUGACCAUUCUAAUGAAAACUACUGAGAAGUACUUUCCUGUGGCACUGUUUUUAGUCUAUGAAUGAAAUCCUUUUGUGAUCAAUUUAAUGAAAGUUUCUUAGAGUCAUUGCAUGUUUCUUACCUGUGGUACUAUUUAUCUUGCUACACAAGGUAUUUUUAACUCUGGUAUUAUGACUAUUCAAACGAAAUCUCUCAAACUACUUCAGCAAAGUGCCAUUCGCUAUUUCUUUCCUUUCUUGGGUUUAGUUUUCAAAAUGAAAUUGAGAUUUCGCCUGGAUCACAUAUUUUGGAUGUUUUUUUUUUAUUAUGAAAUAAAAAAAGGAUAAAGAAGAUCUGUCUUGGUGACUUUUUGGAGUAACUUAGUUUUUUUUUUGUUCAAUAGGAUCUCAUAACGAAUCUACUGAAAGCUAGGAACAAGAUGGAUUCCGUCUCGCGACGAUUAUCGUCUUCAGCUGCGGAGAAUACAAACCUCCGUCAGCAAAUCUCAGACCUGAAAAGUCUUAUGAAUGGCGUCAUGAAGCUCGUUUUGAGGAAACAAAAGGAAUUAAGAUCUGCUUUGGAGAAGAAGGUGAAGGUGGAAACAGCUCUGCUUCAUCGAAGGGAUUUUGAAGGAAAGUUGCAGGAAUGGUCUCAGCUUGUGGACGACAUUGAAGAUUUUGUAAAGCAUUUGGGGCCUUUCAACGAAAAAGAUAAAGAUUUGGAGCUGCUUUACUUCGAGGUAAGAUUGUUAAACAUCUGAAAAGGAAACAUCAAGGUUAACCAUGAGAGAAAAGCAUAACGUUAAGUUAUGUAUAUAAGAAAAGCAAGAAUACAAAGCUAUUAAAAUAUGGCUCGUUUAAAAACGUGUUUAGUGCCUUUGUACUGGAGAAUUUCUGAUAAGAAAGGUUUUGGUGAGGCAUUUUAUAAGAAAGAUUGUCGCUUUAAACGCGUUUGGAAGUCAUGAUGUACAAGAUGUCAAUUUCAAGUUCUCGGAAUGCACUAAGUUACAUUUGUCUUUGGACGUGAAAUGUUAAUGAAAGAAAGUAAAAACGUGAAAGAAAAUGAUAAUUACCAAAAAAAAAGAAUGGAGAAUAGCCACACCCAUAGUCCUUCACGUCUCUGUUGAUCAUUUUAUUUAACUUCUUUUUACCUUAAUAGUUCCUUCAAAGCCACUGUUUGAUUCAAGAAUGCCUUCAUGACUUCUUGAAUAAAGAGUCCUCUAAAGGCGCUAGUCCGCAUAAGAAGGCACGUCUAUCAGACUUGAACAAACGAUGGGACAGAAUACGAGCAAUACUACAAAGUAGGCAACGGAAACUAAGAGCCUUAGGUCUCUUGGCUGGUGAAGCUCAGACUCCCCCGAGAGUACCUGUCGUCGAAUCCAUUAUCCCGGAGAGGGAAAAAACAGUAUUAGCAUCAACCCCGGAGGAAAAGAAACCGGAAGUUAAGCAAACCACACCCAGGAGUAAAUCGACUUCUCCCGCCAGGGAGCUAAGGACGCCCCCGAGCGGGGAAAAGAAAUCUCCCAGGACAAAGAAGAAGCAGUACGAAGAGGAAUUAAAGGAGUUCUCUGAGUGGUUAGCGGAGCAGGAGAAACCAUUUCAUGAUCUGGUUGGUGAUGAAAGCUUGCCCCCUACAAUGGAAGCCUUGAAAGAAAGACUUACGCAAUUUCAGGUAAUGUGUUGUAAUAAUCAGUUCUGCGGACUCGAUUGAGUCAAGAGGGCUUUCGUGCGCAGACUCAAAAGUUAGAACCACCUUGUACAGCAUUGUAAACAGUACCUCAAGAACGUACUGCUCAGUAGCUUUCAUUUGAAUAGUCACACUAGAGGAUUUCAUCCACAGACUCAAAAGUUACAACCACCUUGUAAAACUUAUUAUACAGUUCCCCCAAAAAGUACUACUCAGUAGCUUUUAUUUGAAUUAUCACACUUUAAGUGUUUCAUCAAUCCCGGUUAUGCAUUUAACCUGAUUAAUAGCUUUAAUGUAAUUUGUCAAAGGCGAGAACAUAUUCAACUGUAGUUAAUUUGUUGCGGUUCAUUUUUUUCAAUUUAAGUUUGUCUUCCUUUUGUUCUUUUUAGUCGAGCAAUGUGUGAUAAGUUUACAGUAAACUAUUUGAUACACACAGGAAAACAAAAUUUAAUCCAGAAAUAAAAUUAAACCACAACAUACCGUAAAAUUCCGAAAUAAGCCCCUCCAUGUGUAAGCCCCUCCAAAUAUAAGCCCCCCAAACUCGUAACGCAAAAAACCCUCCGUUAAAUCAUCCCUCCAAAUAUAAGCCUUUGCACUUGGAAAAUUGCUCUCAAAUACAAAGAAAAACAAAGCAAAAACGGUAAAUUUACUUCCAACUAUAAGGGUAGCCCAAACGAUUUCGAAACUCAAAUUUCCCUCCGUAAAUAAGCCCCUCCGAAUAUAAGCCCCUCCAAAAAUAAGCCUCUCAAAAAGGGCCUUUGAAAAAUAUAAGGCCCGGGGCUUAUUUUUGGAAUUUUACGGUAUGUAGUUCUUAAAAACAAUCGCUUGACAGACAUCUUUGUUUUCACCUCUAGGUGUUUUGUCGCAGUAUUCACAGCCACAAAUCUAAAGUUGACAUGAUGCGACAAUUUGCAGCGCAAAGCGGAGAAAGGCUUGACGCUGACGUGGUAGGCCCUAAGUACGAAGAUGUCACGAAGAUUGCCGACAGCAUGUACGAAGUGUGCGAAGAAAACGCUGAAUAUUUCCAGUCGGUGUUAAUUCAGUGGCAGUCGUUCGAAGAGUCAUCGAGGAAGUUUAACUCUUGGAUGGACAAUAUGGUUCAAAAAUCGUUCGCCGCAGCCAGGCAAAUGCCCGAGGAUAGCAUCGAUGCCGUUUUAAUGAAGCUGAUGAAAUAUCGUGAAAUCGACCGUAAAUUUACCGAGCGUCAAGCAACCAAGGACGCUUUGGUGUAUGAAGGCGAACAGGUGCUGACUGCUACAGGUCAGAACAAAUAGAGUUUGUUUGGCAGUUUGAUAGGUGUACAUAAAAUGCACGCGUCCCUAGAGCUCCCAAAAUCAGAACUCACGACUUGUGGUUUAAAAUCCACAGACUGAAAUUAAUCGUUUCGAUGAUGAACCCCCUAAUCUGAGAGUGUAGUAGACCAGGGUCAAACGCCGUACUUCAUAUUAGCCGGACCUACUGCUAACUAGUGACUUAUCUUUUGGCUGCUCGCGCAGUACAUGCUUUCCAAGAGCAAGUUCAAACCGUGUUCUAUGCGAUGUUCUAUAUCAAUAAUAAUAAUAAUUUAUUCAGUUAAAAAGCGCACUAUAAAUGAAUAAAUUAUCAUUAUUAUUAUUGAUGGUGUGUUUGUCGUUAUUUUCUUCAGAACACUGUAUAAUAAAGCAAUUAUUAGAUUCAAUUUUUGUGAUAUCCGGGAUAAUCAAGGUCUUCGUAAGUGUUAACAGUAUUGGCCUUCGGCUCGGCUGAUAACACCUUGAUUAUUCUGUAAUAAACUUCAUCCAAUAAUUGUUAAUUAUUAUUUGACUCUGCUCAUGUGAAGUACGGUUUCUAACCCGGGGCAUAGAAUACCAAUAAAACAUAAUAUUUAUCCGUUUCUUGAUUAAAUAUGAUCUAAAAAUAUAGCAACGCCGUUUUUGUAUGUUCUGACGUGUUGUAGGGAAUGCAAGCGUCCAGGCCUCUUUGAAUCAGUUACGAGAUAGGUGGCGCGCUCUCCGUCAAGAGACCCGGGGGGAGCGGCCGCGCCUAGAGCAAUUGCUGCAGUUAUGGCGGGAAUAUCAGACCGGCAUGGAUGACAUGUUGGAUUGGCUAAUGUCAAUACUCAGCCUGAUGAGGAAUGAGGAGAUUUGUGAUGACAGUUUAGAUCUGGUCGAAGGACAGUUGGAGCAUCUGAGAGUAAGUCGAGUGUUGUCUUUGUAAUGCAUCAAGGUUGUUAUUUUUUCGAUUCCUGAGGACUGAUUCUCGAUCGAUGAUCUUCAAUACACGGUUCUCGUGAGAAACUAAUAUUGAGGGUAUCCAGGAGGUGCUUUCCAUUGAGUGAGGUUUAUCGAGUGACCAGUUAAGCUAAAACCUCAUUUACUCGUCUUUUUACGACUGAUUUAAGGUCUUCGAUCUUCCGAUCUUCCACCUUCGACGCUCGGGUUUUCCUUAGAACCAAGAAUCAAGAAUCAAUCAUCGAGAAUUGACCAGAGUCAAUACGUAAGAAGCACUGUUAACUGCAUGACUUUAAAGUGAUACUGUGAGUUAGUAAGCUGUGCUUAUUUAUAGUUACCCAUCUUAUUACUUACUUAGUUACUUCGUGACUGUUAUACUGUUCUGUUCGUCCUUCUGUGGAAGUUGAAAUUUUAUCAAGAUUCUUAGGGAGUCAGUGAGGGGUUGAUGCCUAUGAAAUGUUGUUACUCCUUUAUCAGCAUUAUCAAAGAGAAGUGGAAAAUCACCAGGCCAUCAAAGAGAGACUGGAUGAGAUCGCUUCUCAGUUAGAGAAGGCAGCGAAUGGAAACGCCGAGGAUAUUCUUGAGAGCCAGGCCAGACUGGAUGACAACUGGUCUGAGCUGUGUGCUUUACUCGAGGAUCGCGAAGAGGACCUUCUUGGGGCACAAACAGACCUGCUUCUCGUGCGGUGCCUUGAUGACGUGGAUCAGCUGGAGGAGUGGUUUAAGAGUGCCAUGGACACUAUGGAGAAACCAGUUUUGGUUCUUGGUAGUGCCACGUUUGAGAAAGCAAAAGAGCAGUUGGUACGAUAUAAGGUAAGUUGGGGCCUUGGUGCUAGUGACGGAUGGGCACUUACCUGUCCAGCUCUAAAGGGGCUAUGUCACGCUGUGAGCUAUCCUUUCCAAAGCUUUUUCGCAUCAAUUGAAUUCCAAAAAUAAUGGCCCUGUUUUGUUAUUUAAGACUAUAUUUGGGCAUUGAAACUGUUUCCUGUCGUAUGUUGCUACGGAUGGCAAACUUGGUUGAAAAUGGAUUGAAACUGGAAAAACUGUUGGACAAACUUGUUUCAAAUUUAAGUGUAGUUAACAAACUAACAGUGAGCGUAAGCAAAGACGUUUUUGAGCGACGUGCGUCAACCGGAAGUGGACUUCUCGCAUUGUUCAGUUGUUCUGUAAGUUUACUUGUUGUUCUUUACGUUUACUUGAAAAUAUUCUUAAUCAAUACUUUGUUUAUUUUCCUUGAACUAGAACAUUAAAAGAGAACUCGAUAUCAGGGAACAAAUCUUGGAAGACCUCACCAGUAGAGUCAACGAGUCACUUAACCACAGAGAAAAUGUCUCUGUCAGGAGAGUAGCCGAUGGCGUUCGACGUCUUAACUCGCAGAAAACGCAACUGGUCACGCUUCUUUCGGAAAAAGACGAGCGGCUCAGGCAUGCGCUGAAUCGCUGGGUGGACUUUCAAAAGCUCUACACUGAAUUAAAGAACAUCAAUGAUUGGUUUGAGUCGAGAGAAGAGACGUUAAACAGGUUCCAAAGAAUUGUCACUCAGAGGGAGUUCGAAAUUGCACUUGAGGAUGUUAAGGUGGGCAUUGAAGCAAAAGUAAAGUUGUCAACCGUUUCAUUAA